AUGAUCGACGACGAGUCAGAAUUGAGCGAUGCCGCGUCGAUGGAUAAUUACGAUGGCGACAGGUCCAAAUCCACGUCAAUGGCCACAUCCUCGCAAGAGUUCUCGAACACAGGACGUCUCACUAGUCGAGUCACACCUUCACGGCUUGCAAGGCGGACGCAAGGGUUCUACCAGGAGUCCGACGCCAAUGGGAGUGAUGACGAUACUGUGCAGACCGCAGAAGGCAGAGGAAAGGUCGGGACACGACUUGCAUCACCUGCUGGACCGUCAUUGCGAUCUGCAAAGCGCAUCAUGAGCUCCUAUCAAGAAUCCGAUGCCGAUGACAGUGACGAUGGUCCGAUCAAGAUGAAUAGGACAAAGCGCAAGUCGGCCUCGCCAUUCUUCAUACCUGCCUUGUCGAGUCGUAAACGCAAGCAGCCCACUCCUGUCUUCAGAGGCGGAAAGCGUAGGAAGCUAGAAUUUCAGCCAUGGGACGAGGAUUCUGAUCUUGAGGGUGACAUCGAGAAACUGGUCCUUCAGCACGAUCCCAACAUGCAGGUGGUCAAGAUGGAAGACCUGGACUGCUCGCCCUUUGAGAAGCUCCUGCCGAAUGACCUGGACCUCGUCAACCUCUCUGCAGCCAGCAAUCGGUUUAGCGAGACUAUUCAUCCACAGAACUCGUCUGUCUGGUCGUCGCGAUUCCUAAACAAGUUCGAUCACCCGUUGAUCGACAACACGAAUCAGUUUUGCGCAGCUUACAAAGAGCGCUCUCUUGUUCUUGAGAGCUUCAUCAACUUCAAAGAUGGCACCGACCCACGACUUGAGCCGCAACUCACGAUCCUCCUUGACAUGGUUCUCGAAGCAUUCAAUCCACGCAACCCAUGGGAAAAGCCUCCUGCGACCUCGAAGAAUCUAGCUCUUCUCCAGAAUGCGGACUCAAGAUGGAUGCGCGAGUUCCUGUCUACCGCAUUAUUCAACAACUGCCAUCCCUCGAAUCAGAAGCCUUUCGGCGAUCCUCACCGCGUCUUCGAUGCCCUUCAGCUUACGUUCAGCUACUUGCUCUUGUCACCAGCAUACAAGAUGGCCAAAGUUACCACAUUCUACCGAGACGACUACGACAUUUCCAGAGUCUACAAUUGGAAUGCUUCUUUUGGCACGUUGUAUGCCCGCUUACCUGAUGAGCCUGCUGCGAAGCCUUCCAAGCUCUUUCCCAAUCUGCCGGUCCCAAAGGCCACUAGGAAGUAUCGUCUAGAUACACAUACGCUGCUACAUAUCCGGAACUUUUGGCAUCGCCACAUGAUUACCGAUAUGAUGGCUCAACCGCUGCGUGGCGAUAUCGAGGAGAACACAUACUCUCACGCUGUGCAGAAGUUGGCGGAUCUUGAUCAUAUACCGAAAGCAUGGGCAAAGUCGUUACUUCCUGCUCCAGCUGCGACCUACCGAGCACUCUCGGGUACAAAAUCCCACAUCGAUACGUCCAGGCAGCCUGAACCCACUCUUAUUGCCCGGGAAAUGCCACCAAAGAGAAAGUGGUGUGGAUUCUACAGCACGAUGAGACCAUGGCCGAAUAGUAGCAACCUCAAACUUGCUCUCACCGGCUUCGUCGAUGAGCAGACUGACGCUGCAAAUUGGUCGCACAUCGAUCCGCUCACGCUCGAUCUUCGCUUCUCGUCCAGCAAUACCGAGGUCGUCUACCUUGAUCGGGGGAGCACUGAUCAACGCGCGGCAGAAUUUUUGCAGCCUGGAAUUGGAAACCAGCAGAAAACGAUUAAAGGUAUUAAGCGGAAGGGCGAAGCAACGACUCUAUGGCCCCAAACAUUCGCAGAUAUUCCGAUCUUCAAGCAUACCGUCCCAUCACCUGCGGAAGCCCAAGAACUCGAAACUCAGGGCUACGGCAAGACAUGGUUUGUGAAGGGCAUUGCUCCCUUUAUGGACAUCAACGCAGAGAUCAGGAAGGCGAAUGGGGCGGAUGUUGGAGACGAUCGGGGUAGAAAGGCGGGAAAAUGUCCCCCUGGAGGAAGCCUUCGUCCCGUCAUGUCAUCCUUAGCGAACGCGAAUAUCUCUAGCUCCAGUCUCCCAAGCGGCGACAAUGACCAAGCCUCCCGCGAGGGCGGCGACGCUGACAAUCGAAAGGCAGGAUCAAUCCAAGACAAGGACAUUCUGUCCCUUAAGCAUCGAUAUCUAUCCAUGCGUGUACGAGGAGUCGUUCAUCCUCUCCCAUGGCAGCACCCUGACGGAGCCGCAACAACAGGAGAUGGCAGUGUAAUGGACGAUCCUUUCGUUUCGACCACGAAGAGAUCUAAGCCAUUAUCGAGAAUGGUCCCACCAAUGCCGGUACCUGGAUUCCAUCGUGUCGUUCUCGUCUUCUACAUGCCGUCGCUCGCUCAGGCCGUGCAGCAGCUCGAGCACUGCUUCGAAGAGUACGGCAAUUCCUUUGGCGUCAGUAUCAGUGCGCAAAUGGAUAAUGAUGCAGUGGCCGGGAUCAUGGCAGGGCUUGCGAACGGCAACGUGGCUGCAGCGAAUGCUGCCGCAAAUGCUGCAACAAUCAAUGCCGCCACGGGAGGUGCCCCAGAAUCAGCAGCAGACAAUGACUCUCAGAUCAACGACAAAGUCGUCAAACUUUUGACCAAACAUCUCCACGGUCUGGUGACUAGGAAGGAGGCUGAAAUUGUUGCUGCGGACGAGGCGAACAGGAGGAAGAGAGAGGCGUCGGUUGCGUCUGCUGCGAAUGGAAGGAGCGGUUCUGAUGCAGCGGUCUCGGGCUCAUCUCUGACUGCCCUCACGUCAAGCGAAGUCUGGACACCUGGCCUUCUCGAAUACCUCGAGCUCAAUCUCCACCCCGACGGACAGAUCAGCUGGGAAGACAUCGACUACGCUUAUGCGUAUGAAGGCGCUAUCUGUCCCGGUGGCAAUGUCAUGCUGGGCCGCUGGUGGCGCAUAGGUGCAGACGGCCUGAGUGAGGAAGUACAUAGUAUUGGAGGGGAGGUUGACUUCGCUGGUGCGGGUGUUCCUGAUGGGAUGGAUCGGGCUCGCGGCAAGGGCUUCGAUUACUGGCAGCAAGGCGGUCAAGGAGAGGGUACUGCUGAUACUGGUUCUGCUCACGCCGCUACUUUUGGCGUCGCAAGUGCUGGACCGAGCAACGCCGCUACCGAGAGCUCUUUUGCGACACCGCCUGCCACACCUGGGGCUGUCCUUGGAGAUUACAUCGAGGAUGCGGAGGACGUCGGGUUUGCUGCUGCGGCUGUUGCUGCUGACUCGGCAGUCCACAACAAGGACCUCGACCGCGGCCCGUUCGUCUUCUGGACGAUGAGGGAUGACGAGGACUAA